UGCAGCACCGCCAGCCAAUUCUCCGCCUCCUCGGCUCCUGCCCGCCAAAGGCAAAGAGAAGAGGCGGCUGCAGCCACGCGACGGGAGCAGAUUUGCGGCGGUCAGCGGCGAAAGCAGCCGACACUCAUGAGAAGCAGCUGUCGGCUUUGAGAUCGAAUCCGAGUGGCUUUGCUGGCUGUGGCAGAAAUGAACGAAAGCGUCCCCUCGAAUGAGACCGGGGCUCCGGCACCGUGGAUUCAGAGCAGCAGUGGCAAUUCUUCGCUGGAAUUUUCCUCCAAGCUCCCUAACUUUAUCCUCAAUCCUUGGGAUAUUAUGCUCUGCAUCUCUGGAACCAUUAUUGCCUGUGAAAAUGCCAUUGUGGUGGCCAUUAUAUUCUACACUCCCAGUUUGAGAACCCCAAUGUUUGUGCUGAUCGGCAGCCUGGCCACAGCAGACCUCCUGGCUGGAGUUGGCCUAAUCCUUAAUUUUGUAUUCCAAUAUGUGAUCCAGUCAGAAACCAUCAGCCUUAUUACCGUUGGUUUCCUAGUUGCCUCUUUCACUGCUUCUGUGAGUAGCUUAUUAGCGAUCACAGUAGAUCGUUAUCUUUCUCUGUACAAUGCGCUGACUUAUUACUCUGAGAAGACUGUUUUUUGUAUUCAUAUGAUGCUAAUCAUCACCUGGGGGGUGUCCCUCUGCUUAGGACUAUUGCCCGUCCUAGGCUGGAAUUGUAUGGAAGAUUAUUCAUCGUGCAGUAUUGCCAGACCUUUGACCAAAAGCAAUGUGACUUUGUUGUCUGCCUCCUUCUUUUUCAUUUUCAUCCUUAUGCUCCACUUGUACAUUAAAAUCUGCAAAAUAGUUUGCAGGCAUGCACAUCAAAUCGCACUCCAACAGCACUUCUUAACCGCAUCUCACUAUGUUGCAACCAAAAAGGGAGUCUCUACUCUCGCUAUUAUCCUUGGAACCUUUGGAGCCAGUUGGUUACCUUUUGCUAUCUACUGUGUCAUUGGAGAUUCCAACUACCCUGCGGUGUACACUUAUGCCACCCUUUUACCUGCUACCUACAACUCCAUGAUCAAUCCCAUAAUUUAUGCCUACAGAAACCAAGAAAUUCAGAGGUCCAUGUGGGUUCUCUUCUGUGGCUGUUUUCAAUCCAAAGUGUCCUUUCGUUCAAGAUCCCCCAGUGAUGUUUAAGUGACUUCUUCCUCUGUGUAGGUUUGCACAAAGUGACAAUUUUCAACUUCUGUGAAUUACAGUGCCUGGUAUGAACCAGAUCCAUGUUGUGAAAUUGUUUUGGGGGGAGAUGUUUAAACAGUAGCACUUUAUGUAUGUGUAUUCUUGAGAAUGUGACAGGUCUGGAGUUUCUGAUUAUGUGAAACUAAACUAAAAACAAACAAACCAUGAAUGUAUACAAGACUGUACAUUGUAUUUGUGAAGUGAAGGUAUUCCAAGACUACAUAAUUAUAGCACUUUAUUUUUAGCUGCUGAACUGCCAAAACAGUAUUGCCAUUUUCAAAGGGCAAAGAGAGAAUGAAAAUAAGCGAAAUGUUGUCUAG